AUGAUGGCGCCGUCAAGACAUCCGUUUCAACCUAGCCAAAGGAAGGUCUCGGUUCUUGUAUUUCAUUUCUUCAUCCUACUAGGCCGGCCAUUGAUUCCAUAUGUGACUGCCAUUCCAACUCUUUCCUUCAAGACUACAGAUGAUAUUGGAACGCGGAAGACAUUCGACACAGUGAACGACCCGUUUAAACCGCUGACGUCCUUGGUCAAACCUCACACAACCCUGCAUCGAAUAUUGAAUGAAGACAAUGACGACAGCUCUGCAUCCAUUGUCCUUGUUGACUCCGAUGGAGAAGAAUAUGAACCAUACGCAAUGGCAUGGCGUUACCUUGGCAUGUAUAUGGAUUGCGAUGUACAAGACUCCAACGCGUACUACGGAUGGACCGACAACAGUAAAGGCGGCGACGACGAUUCCUGGGACGAUGAUAUGGACAUUGAAGACAUGGCCAACUGGUAUCGAAGAAGACGGCAUCUCAGCGGUUCACAGGACUCUGGUGACGACUGUACACGCAAAGUUCUGUGGGCUGCUUACGUAGACCCUCGUUACAAGGGUGGUUCAAUUGGAGAAUACCAGUUCUUCAACUUCUCCAGUGGUGACUACAGUCGAGAAUUUUGCAAGACACGUCGUUGCGUACGAAUGGAUUGCCACGAGCCCAAUACUCACUUCAAGCUUGUUGGGGUCUAUAAGGAAGCAGAUGGGUUUGUAGAUUGGGCGGAGCAGUUGUUCAAGCAUCAAGGGUAUUGUCUUUGGUCGGAAAACGACUACGAGUGGAUGGAAAGCUACCGAGAGUUCUGGCCUACCUAUUGCCGCCAGUUGUACUACUCUGGCUACAAUGGUGAAACCCUUUACAUGGAUCUGAGGCCUCAGGCAGAGGGGGAUAUCACAAUUGGCAUCUUCGAGGACGAACUUUGCGUUACAAACUCGUCUUACACCUUUGCGGAUUACAUCCAGAUGUACUACAACUAUUAUGGUUACUACGACAAGGGAUAUGAGGUUUCGCAGACAUGGCAAUACGCUAUUAACACGUGGAAUUCAUACAUGGAUGUCUACAAAGUUUGUCAACCUUGCCGUGCCUACAAUCUGAACGUGAAUUUCUGGAGUGACGGGGAUGAUGAUGACUCAAAAAGCGGAAGCGGAAGCGGCGACGGUCGCCGCUUCUUAGACGAAAACGAUGGUGAAGGGGACGCUGAGCAAUGGGGAUAUGACUGCUACGACGAUGCAGGUUAUACAAAUUGCAAUCAGUGUUACAAGUUUGAGGCAAAGACGGACAUGGAGGUUGCUACUGCCAAGGAUCUGGAACGAGCCUCGAAGCAGGGCACCAUAUUAGAAAUCCGCGUCAAUGGCACAACCUAUGGUCACGGUGGCUUCCGUGGGCCGCUCAAGAUUACAACACCAGAAGUGUGGAUGAAGAUAUUUGCUGCGUCGGCUUCUCUCGCUGUGGCAAUGUCAUUUCUCUAUCUAUACUACGCUACACCAUACCGUCAUUCGGCGACUAGAUGGCUUGGAACUGCACUCUAUUGGGUCAAAGAUAAAUGGUCCAAUUGGAGGCAAAAGAGAAAGCAUGCUGGAGACAAUUAUCAUCUUGAAGAUGGUGUGCCACAGAAACCAGAACGCUACGUACCCCCCUCCGAAAGCAACAAGGACCAGUCCGGACAGGAUUCUGCUCUGGAUGAAAGCAUCGACACCUUUGCAACUGCCCCAAUGGACAAGGACGAUGAUGGUUCUCGCUAUGCAGAUAGUUUACAGACCAUGACAACUGCGACCGAAGAGCCGAGUCCAGAUCGAAGCAGCUCUUCAGGGCAACGCUUGCCACCAGUUGACAUGUUGGAUGACACCCACAGUAGUUCCACCGGGGCUUCUUCUGGCGUUCCUUUCUCAGUUGACUCAAUGAAAC